AUGGCAGACAGCAAAGCCAAAGAAGCAGCGGAGGAGAGGAGAGAGUCUACUGGCACCGCUCUGCCUGUAUAUGAUACACGCAGCGUCACAUCCGCCGACGAACUGUACUACGUGACACCACAAGCCACCGGCCAGAACGAGAAAGAAGCAGCCGAGCCGAGCAAGGUACCUAAGACGUUGGAAGAACUCAAAGCAGAGUGGGAGCAGUAUGAAGGACCCAUGACGCACGAGUCUUUCGUCGACACAGAGAUCGAGAUGAGGAAUCGCAUGGUAGAGACUGCCCUUCGCUCGCAAGCAGCACGACAAGAAGCGCCUCCUCUCCCGCCAAAGACGCUCAUCGAUGAUGAACGAGUAAUGGUCGAGAAGAACGUGACGUUCCAAGACGAACAGCAACCUCCUGUCCUCCACAGACGUCCUACGACUGAAGAUGACGAGAAACUCGCCAUGCAGCUCCAAGCAGAAGAAGACAGCGCAGCGGCAGCCAGACAACAAGAAGUUGAAGAAGUCCCCCCAAGUCCCUCCCUCCCAACCCGUCACACCUCCUUCGCACCCUCCUUCGGCACAGAAUCCCAACCCUUCACCCUCUCCUGGCGCCGUCCCUUAACCGACUACCCCUCCCUCACCAUCACGCCCAACUCCUCCUCCUCCGAUGCAUCCUCCUACUGGCGCCUCAACUACCAAACCAAAUACUUCGCCCGCCUGCACCGCUACUCCGCCACGGACGCCCGCGUGGACGGAGACUUUCCCGCUCGACAAGUCGCAGAACUCAAAUUCCCCGAAUUCAUCUGGCCUGGCUGCGGUCCUACACUGAAGCUCGAGCCUUAUGAUGAGGCUGUCGGACCCAGACGGGCGGACAUUUUCAUGAGGUGUACCGGGUGGAUGACGACGAGGUAUGCGGUGGAUGUGCCGGUGCUGGGGGGAGCGAGGUGUACGUGGAGGACUUUGAGGCCUGUGAAACGGGAUGUGCCGACGCCGCCUAUUGGUGAGGAUGCUGCGCAUUCGCAAGAUGGGCCUUCGUGGCAGCCUGAUCCUGAUGUUGAUGGACGUUUGACGCUGUCUUCCACCUCCUCGGAGCCAAGACAGCUCCUCACAGUCGGCGAUCUCGUCUCUCAGGCUAAGAAUCUGAUUAAUGAUGAGACUUGGACCCCGUACCCUCCCCACCACCUCAUUAUGGGAACGUCGCCUAACUCAGGCCGCAUCAUUGCGACGUAUACGCGUGCCGCACCAUGGAACAAGAACGCAGGGACGCUCUCAAUCAACACAGACCACUCCACAAGUCCUGAAUACAUCGAAGGCAUCAUCAUCGCCUGCGCCGCGAUGGUGGGGAUGCAAGACAGAAUGGGCCUCGCCAGCUCCCUCAUGGAAGCUUCUACUGAAUCCAUCAUGGCCUCCAAACGGAAAGGCAACGGGGGCAUCCCACUAACACCAGGGAGGAUCAGGCCGUACAUCAGGAGUCUGCACAAAAGCCAAACGGCGCCCGUGAACAGUGAGGUGGCGGAGGAGGAUCCGUACACGGGUGUGGCGAGCAAGCCGAGCAGAAGCGGCAGUGUGCAGAGGAGUUUGAAGAGGUUGAGUAUGCAGGCGCAAGCGCUAGUGCCGAAGAGUGCGGGCGCUGCGCCGGCGAGGAAGAGUGAGAGUGGGAAGGUGGAUGAGAAGAUGGAGGUUGGUGUGGCGGCGUAG